AUGGCCAAGCACCAAUUGAAUCGCGCCGAUUGCCGCAGCACCACAAUCAACCCCAAGCUUCGUUAUGAAAGGGACGAAAUCGCAAGGGCUGAUUCCAAGAUGUUUGAGUUGAUAUUUGGCGAAAUGGAGAGGUUGCAUCAACUAGUUACAAAACCAAGAGAACAAGUAGUUGAUGCAAAGGCUCUGUUGGACAUAACGAAAUCCUUGGUAAUGUUUGUGAAGGGGCAUGCUAACGGUGUAGUCACUCUUUCAGAAUUUGUAUCGCACAUUUUUGAAGAAUUUGGAGGACAGGGUGGAUCAAGUACUAGCACAGAAGGUUGCACCAGAAUCUAAAUAGCCUGGAAUGGUGUUGGACUAUCAGUAUCACAUGUUUUUAAAGUGGGUUCUAGCUGCUGUACAAUGAAUGGUCCCAUCUAUGCUAAAGUAAUGCAGAGGAAGGCUGUUAAUCGUAGAAGUAGGAAGCAUGUGAGGCCCAAUGAAUUGGCUCGGCUAGAAGAGCUUGGCGGAGGUCUAAGAGAAGUAAAAGCUGAUACAGAUAAAAAUAUGUUAACGAUGUUUAACAUCUUAAGGAAAAAUAGUGUUAUUAAGCUUGAGAAUCUGAUUUUGAAUAGGAACUCCUUUGCUCAAACAGUGGAGAAUUUAUUCGCUUUAUCAUUCUUAGUCAAAGAUGGGCGGGCUGAAAUAAAAGUCAACGAGGCUGGAUCACAACUAGUAGUGUCACCUAGAAAUGCCCCUCGUGCAAAUGCAGUUCGUGUUGGGGAUGUUGCUUUCAGUCACUUUGUGUUCAGAUUGGAUUUUAAGGAUUGGAAGCUAUUGAUCGAUUUUGUUGGGGUUGUGGAGGAUCUAAUGCCUCGUAGGGAAUAG